AUGCAAAGAGAGAAAGAGACAGAAAGACAGAAAGGGGAGAGGAAGAGCGAGAUUAGUGUCGGUUGGAUGAAGCAAAGGCAUUGUGUAGAGUCGGGAAAUCCGUGCAAUAUUACAGUGUGCAUAGAUAGAGUCGUGCUACCGGAACGUCAAAGAGAACAGUCAAGUUGGCGUCUACAGGGUUGUUGCUCGGAGGGUUUCGGCCUUAUCUGGUCUGGUCUGGUCCGGUCUGGUCCGGUCUGGUCUGGUCUGGUCUGGUCUGGUCUUCGAUGCGCCGAAAUGUUUGGCUCUGUCUUGGUGCCUCCGCCGGUAGGUUCUGUUGCUCUGUACUUUCUUUCAGACCUGUACAGUCAUGUGUGUUGCCUUUUCGCCUUGUCAUGCAUGUACAUGCGUGUACAGGUGGCACAGACGGUCUGUUAG